AUGUACUCAAAUGGCGUAAAACGGGCAAAGACGGCAGAGGAAAAGCGAGAAAAGGAGCGUAUGCAGAAGCGUCUGAUUUGGGUUGACUGUGAAAUGACAGGUCUUGAAGUUGACACUUGUCGUCUGAUAGAAAUUGCUGUGGUUAUAACAGAGGGCGACCUCAGCAUCGUCGAAGAGUACCCCUCCUCCAUUUCUAUUGUAUAUACCCUCUUUGGGUCGCUUAUAAUUAUUUGGUGGGGCAUAUUGAAUUACAUUGAGGGGGCUGGAGUGUUAGGGUUCAGGCGAUGGUAUCCUGAUGUAUACGCUAAAUCACCAAUAAAGAGGGCUGAACACCGAGCUAUUGAUGACAUUAGGGAAAGUAUCAAGGAACUUCAGUAUUACCAACAAGCCAUCUUUAAGAAUCCUGCACAUGUGACUAUUCCUUUCUAUGGUGACAAGACAAGUACAAAAUGAAAACCUGAUCUUCUAAUAAGUACUUUAUAUCCUGUACUUAUCUGACUAUACAAUAUAUGGUGCAUACAUAGAGGGUGCCUUUCUGGUCUUAGAAAUUUUGUUAUUAAUCAUUUGCUCUAUGUUAAAUUCCAUUAUGUAUUUACACUUUAUUGUUUUUGCAUUAUUUAGUAGUAGACUUAUACCCAGGUAAUAUUGCUAUUUCUUUGCUAAUUUAUAUACAUUUUGAGAUAUUAUACGAUAACCACACAGAUAUUAGAAUGCAUUUAUAAUUGGAUUGCAUGAUGUAUACAAUUACAAUGUGUGAUUCAGUCAGAGCACUCGAUUGUACAAAAAGUCAUAAUUUUCAAGCCAUUACCUCAGUAAGAUUGAGUACAAAAACAAGACAAGCACAAGGUGUAUUUACUUGAUUGUAAAUGUCAUUAAUGUAGAGAAAAUAACAAUAUGCCAUCUAGGUGAGCUCUACACAGUUUCUUUCAGUGGUCAUUUUGGGACAUGUAUCAGUUUUCCCAGUAUUUUUACUGCAGUACCGUAAUCUGAUUUUUCCAGGAUAGGGCUUUACUUUGGUGGAAUGAAACAUUAAUGUUAGUUUCAUUCCCUGGAUCAUGUUGAAUUUAGUGAAAAAAAAUACUGUUUUACGUUGAAAAAUAUGUUGAAACGACUCAGUUUCCAAUCGGUGAUUUCUGUUGAGCUUGCAUAUUGAGUAAAAAGGCACAGAUCAUACGUCUGCUGCAAAAAUAGAUUGAUUUGAACUUGAAAAUUUUGU